CUACAGUGCAAUUGAUAGCCGUUACGGCAGCUAAGAGUCCAAUAUAUUGUGCAGACAUCACAGAUCUGUCAGUGUGAUCUCCCAUCAAAGCGAUCUAUUGUAUACAGUGCUGUGCAGAGACUCCAGUGCAAUAGAUAGCCGUGAUAUACGGCAGCUAAGGGUCCAAUAUAUUACAUAGACAUCACAGAUCUGUCAGUGUGAUCUCCCAUCAAAGCGAUCGCCUCCCAAAUGGGGGUCGUACAAGUCUUCUUCUUGGCCGCCGCCAUCUUGCCGGUCCUGACGCUGGCCCGCAGCGAGGUGGUCACGAACACCUACGCUGAUGGGCGGACUGGUGUGGUGGUGAUGCCUGGGCUAGCGUCUCAGGCCUCCGACCCUCCGAUGCAAGGCGUGCAGAUGACGAUCAGCUCUUCUUCUUCAGCUCGUCCACCGAGAUCUGACAUUCAACGCCCGUCUUCAUCAGCAAACGCUCAUCCCCUGAGAAUGGUGACAACCUCUUCUUCCAGUGCAAGUAACUCUCAACAGGUGACGAUAAAUCCCAACAGAUACAACCAGCCCAUCUAUAAAGUUUCUAAGGAAACAGUUAGCGCCUUCAAGCCCACAAAAGUUCCAAGCAUUAACUAUUCCGUCAUGAGCACGGAUACGAAAACUCGGUCCUCUUCCGAUGGGCUUAAAGGUAGACGCUAUCGUCGUUAUCCUUUGGAGUCAACCUCCAAUAACAAUAGUGAGAUAAGCAGGACACUUCAACUCUUAGAUGAAGGGGAAGAGAAAAUCCAGUUACAGGAACGAUACAGGAAUAUUACCUUAAUAUUAGGAAAUACUGGAUCCGGCAAGAGCACCUUUGUCCAGUGGAUCGCUGGGGACAAUGACAAGUUGAUAGCGAAAGAAGUAUGGGCGAGAACCGGGGAGUACAUCAUUGAUGAUGGCGAUAGAAUUGGCAAUUCGACUAUAAAAUCUAUGACAAUUUUCCCAGAGUUAAUAGUGCACCCUGAAACAUAUGAUGCUUAUUAUGAUUGCCCCGGAUUUAGUGAUACGAGAAGUUCUAGCAUGGACAUAGCUAUCACCUACUCCAUAAAAAGAGUAGCAGAUCAUGCCAAGUAUGUUAAAUUGGUCUUUGUUGUUAGUUAUCCUUCGGUUAGAAAAGGAGUAGAUAGGCAAGAUUUCAUGAAAUUACUCAGACAUGUCACUGAUCUAAUCAAAGAUAUUGAUAAAUAUCGAAAUAGUAUAGCCAUGAUGGUAACAAAAGUUGAUAACACAUAUAUUAAAGCUAGCACCAGCCUUAGCUUAGUACCAGAUGAGGACGUAAUAGGGGCCAUUGGCAACUUUUUAGAGGAGGUCAAGCAAGGGCUCCUAGAGCGAUUAGGUGUUGUAGGUGAUCCCGAUGAACGAAAGAAAUUUUAUGCGCAAGCAUUAAAGUUUGUGAGCACUUUAUUAAUCAAGGAUGGUGAACAUUAUUCGAGAAUAGGCAUUUUUAGAAGACCAGACGAGCCCGGACCUUUGAGUAAUAUCACGCUGUUGCAAGAGGGAAAGGAGCAUGUAGAGAAAAUACUGAAUGAGGUCCUUGCGUUUACUGCAUCGAAUGCUGGAGAUUUCGGUUACACGAUAUCUGAUUCAUCCAAGGUUGCUAUUAAUGCACUCGUUGAAAGAAUUAACGACAAUAUAUGGUCUAAUAUUUUUUCUGUCGCUGAGCACUUGGAAGAGUAUUACCGCCAGUUAGUAAAUGGGAUGCGGAGCAAGAUACGCUCAUUUUCUACGGCUACCGAGGCUGUUGAUGCUGAUCCAGCGGAGGCUCAAGCGUUUGUAGAUCACUUUAAUAUGGGACUUAACCUUACGACAAACCUUAUGCAAAAAAUUACAAAUACCCCUACUGACCAGUUGACUGAAAAGGUUAGCAGUACUGUAUCCUCUUUAGGCAUAGAGGGACUUACAGAGGCUAUGCAGAGCAUAGCGCAGCAAGGACAAUAUUUCACAUUUUUGCAAGUAGUGAGUGAUAGCGUAUUAGGAACUAGGGCUUGGGAUACCUUGUUGCAACCUGUGGCAACCUUUCUCUCUGACUCAAGGCAUGCUAUCCAGACGGAUAUCAAUAAUGAAGUAACUGAAAUCGAAAUUCAAAGAAAUGCUAUCAUUAAUGUGAUCGCUAUUAAAAUCCGGGAAAAUUUCCAGAGCAAAGUGCGUUCCACGACGAUUCAGCAUUUACCAGCCGAACUGAGUAGAGGAUAUUAUUUCAUCAUGAAUGUGACAGCAGAAAUGGAACAUUUAUUAAGUACAGGAGCACUGUCAAGAAAAUUAAUGGAUAUUGUUUCGAGUAUUGAUAGCAUUAACAUGAGCAGUAAUACAUACAAUAUUUUAAAUCCGGAGAAGUACUCGAAAUUUUUAGGAAUUAUAAGUAAUAAAAGGUUGGACACCCCAUCACCAUCUCUUCCUACAAUUCCCCUCCAUGAAGCUGCUACAUAUCUCAAGGAAUUACAUAAAUGGUACGAAUUCUUGAAUAAUUUGUAUAAAAAGUUGUCAACGUACGAAGUACAAAAGUAUAAAAGUAAAUUCAACGUUGCCAAUAUUGCGGACUGGGGACAAGAAAGUAAACUUCAAGGAAUACAAAUAACGCGCCAUAACUUCAGACAAUUUUUGGGAAAAAUAAAAGGCUUAAAUGUGACAGGAUAUGAUGAAGUAGCACAUACAGCGGCUGAUGAAUUACGCGUGGAGGAAUUGAGGCAAGUGGCGAGUCUGACGUUGAACAAAUUCAAUGUGUUUUGUCAAUCAGAUAAACUCACAAUUAAAGGGGAUUAUAUUAAACUUAGUGAUGCUAACCUAGAAAUUGGGAUUUGCAAACGCAGCACAACAGAAAUAUUUGCCCUGAACAAAAUAUUCAUUGACGAAAACCUUAAUAAAGUAGGGGAAAAGUUCAAGCUCGUAAUGAUAGCCCCGACAUGGGAGGUAAUAGGUCGUAGAACAAUAAACUUGAGUGGGGCUGACGCUCCGCCACAUAAUCCACGUAAGGCAAGUGACGGCGAGGGGGACGGGGGGCGGGGAGCUGACGGUAGGCCUGGCUUGCCUGGAGGACCAGCUGGGAGUUUCUUUGGCGUAGGCACAACAUUCUUGAAUGGAAAUAUGUUGAAUAUUGUGGCUAAUGGUGGGAAUGGUGGUGAUGGUCAGGAUGGUGGGAAUGGUGGAAAUGGGAGUAGCGGGAAAUCUCCUGACAGCAAUCGCGGAUACUAUGAAAUGCAUGAUAGUAGCUAUAAGUGCAAAAAUGGCAAUAUUCUCGGUCAUUCCUGUCGAUUGUACUUUCCCAUAAUAUAUUCUUACGAUGAACACUCAUUCCGUAUUAGAGGUGAAGCCGGGGUAGGAGGAGGAGUUGGUGGGGAUGGAGGGCAAGGAGGUCUUGGGGGUAGAUCAGGUUUAUUACAGGAGCUGCGAGGCUUAGAAAGUCAGUAUCAUCUGUUACAAAAUAAUGAUUCGGCGAUCAGACCGCUGGACAACAACUACCACCGUGGCCUUUAG